AUCUCGUAAGUGCGAGCAACUGGGAGGGAAUGACAAUGAGGAAUGUCGUGGAGAAACUGGUGCUCUCUUUGCUAUGUAUCUCACUGCUCCAAGGGUGCAUUGUCGAGUCGGUGGAAUAUGAUCAUACAGCUAGUAUUGAGUGCCUCCCUGAUCCAAUGAAACCCCUCUACAAAGGCGGCAUCAUCCAGAACGGCGAGUUCAACAACGGCCUGAUGGGGUGGUCCACGUACCGGAAUGUCAAGGCCGGCAUCAGAAAGUCGACCUCCGGCAACAAGUUCGCCAUGGUGCAGGGCGCGAGCAGCUCCCUGUCCGGCACCGGCGACGCGGCCGCCUCGCCGUCCCACAGCGUCUACCAGAAAAUCCAGAUGAAGGGCGACACUCACUACUCGCUAUCAGCAUGGCUGCAGGUGUCGGCCGGCACGGCCCACGUGCGCGCGGUGGUCAAGGCCCCCAACGGCGAGAACAUCACCGCCGGCGCCAUCGACGCCCAGUGCGGCUGCUGGAGCAUGCUCAAGGGUGGCAUGACUGCGCGUGCCCAUCACUCGGGACAAGGAGAGGUCUUCUUCGAGAGCGACGCCCCGGUGAACAUCUGGGUGGACAGCGUCUCCCUGCAGCCCUUCUCCUUCGAGGAAUGGGACGCCCACACCCGGCGGUCCGCCAGCAAGGCCCGCCGGAGCACCGUCAAGAUCGUCGCCAGGGGCCCCGACGGCCAGCCGAUGGCGAACGCCAACGUCAGCAUCCAACUCCUCCGCGCCGGGUUCCCGUUCGGCAACGCCAUGACCAAGGAGAUCCUCGGCAACCCGGCCUACGAGAAGUGGUUCUUCUCGCGCUUCACGGUGGCCACCAUGGAGAACGAGAUGAAGUGGUACGGCACGGAGUGGGUCCAGAACCAGGAGGACUACCGCACCCCGGACGCCAUGCUCGCCAUGGCCCAGAAGUACGGCGUCAAGGUGCGCGGGCACAACGUGUUCUGGGACGACCAGAGCUCGCAGAUCAAGUGGGUGAUGGCGAUGAACCUUGACCAGCUCAAGGCGGCGAUGCAGAAGCGGCUCAAGUCGGUGGUGUCGCGCUACGCCGGGAAGCUCGUCCACUGGGACGUGGUGAACGAGAACGUGCACUUCAACUUCUUCGAGACCAAGCUUGGCCCCAACGCGUCGCCCAUGAUCUACCAGCAGGUCGGCCAGAUCGACCACACCGCCGUCCUCUUCAUGAACGAGUUCAACGUUCUGUCGCAGCCCAUGGACCCCAACAUCAACCCCGCCAAGUACAUCGCCAAGAUGAAGCUCAUCCAGGGCUACCCCGGCAACGCCGGCCUCAAGCUCGGCAUCGGCCUCGAGAGCCACUUCUCCACGCCCAACAUCCCCUACGUGAGGAGCACCCUCGACACCCUCGCGCAGCUCAAGCUCCCCAUGUGGAUGACCGAGGUCGACGUCGUCAAGGGCCCUAACCAGGUCAAGGACCUCGAGCAGGUGCUCAGGGAAGGCUACGCCCACCCCGGGGUGCAGGGCAUCGUAAUGUGGGCCGCAUGGCACCCGUACGGCUGCUACGUCAUGUGCCUCACCGACAACAACUUCAAGAACCUUCCCGUCGGCGACCUCGUCGACAAGCUCAUCGCCGAGUGGAAGACACACAAGACGUCUGCCGCCACUGAUGCAAAUGGAAUGGUCGAGCUCGACCUCGUCCAUGGCGAUUACAAGUUAACAGUAAACCAUCCUUCGCACACGACCGCCGUGUCCCACACCAUGACGGUGGAUGCGGCGUCGGCAGCAUCCCAACACAUCAUCACUGUCAAGGUGUAGAAGGAAUGAGACUACUUAAGGCACGCUCUUAGAAUGGUUGAUAAAAUAAGGCCAUCAUAGCAACUUUUUAUGUAAUAAUUCCACGCCAUCCAUAGAAUACAAUAAAACUUGUUAUAUACU